CAUCUCCCAAACAUUCCACCACCGGACCAAUCCGGAAGGCGCUCGCUAGUGUUGGACUGAAAAGUGGCAAGUUGCUGUCGUCGGUCACACGGCGUGAAACUCCGCCCGUUCCGUUGGUGAAUAAAGCGCUGCUGCCAACGGCGGUGCCACCUAAGUCGUCCGCUGCACCACCGUCGGGAGGAACGAGCUCGGGUGGAGAGAACGGCGGUAAACGGUUAGUACCGUCGAUCGCCGUCAAUAUGAAGCAACGCCUCAAGACGACAACGGAAACGAUCAAAGGAGCGGUUUCCUCGGACCGGUCAUCCACGUUGCCAAUGAAACGAACCAUCGCGAAGAAGGAACCCGUGAGUAGUGUGAGUGUAGUAGGCCCUACUGUUCCCCCGAGCGACAACACUCAGGACAACGACGGCGCCAAUGACGAUGAAUCUGCCAGCAAACCUACGGCGCCGGUACCCAUUUCGAAGCUACGAAGAUUAACUUUUUUUGAGAACCCAACCCAACCCAACGAGACCGCUGGAGGCAGUGACAGGAGUCCGCAAGAGCCGCCGCCACCAGGUCUUGGAACACUCCGAAGUCGGACUUCCACGUUGAAGCUUUCGCACUCGGGCCGACCGGAAGUGGCCACCCUGCCGAAGGAUGUUAAUGGAUUGAGCCCGGUGACGGGAGCACCGGCGGCAGGCGCGUCCAAGCCAACGGGAAAGGGAACGACGCUGGAGUCACCCACGAAAGACAAGUCUGCCAAGCGCAAAUCGUUUCUCAAUCGCUCGCAAACCGAAGAGUCGGCCAACGGUGGCGCAAGAAAUACAAACGCAACGAGUACUACACCACCGACGGAACAACGGUAUCAGCGUCGCGCAAAGUUACCACUGGGAAGUCCGGACAUUCUCUCAUCGAGCAAUCGGUCCUCACCGGUAAAAUCGUCAUCGUCAGUGGGUGAUAAAUCGCCAACGAUCUCACCGAAGCCGCCAACCAGUCCCGCCAAACUAUCGUCACCGGAUACGGUGACCAAUCGCCACUUUGCUGCAUUGUCCGCCGGUACAUCUCCGGUACGAAUCUGUUCCCGGUUGUCCACCUGUGGCAGCACGGCGAACAGUAGCCCUGCGUUUGCUCAAUCGAGAAGCCCUCCGCUCGCUUACCAUAUGGAACAGGCACGGCGCGAGUUGUUGGUCACCUCGCCUCCUAGAUUGAAGCGACCGGUUGUUGCGCCGGUGCGAAACGCUUCGGUGUCGCCACCAAUCGUCACGGUUCGCACAUCGGGCGAUUCGAAACAGGAUUGUGCAAAGGUGCCACUAGUCAGCAAGGAACAACCAAUACCAGAUGAAGUUCCGUCACAAGAUAUCGAGCAGGCUGCUCCAGCGGUCGGUCUAGAGGGAGAAGUUCGCGAAGAUUUGGUGCUGCAGGAAAGAGUUGCCUCACCGGCGGUGCUCGUGGUGGAUGAGGAGGAGGAAAUUGAUGAAAUAUCGGAGGAACAAUCGUCCUCCAUCGGUCAAUAUUCUAAAUUUAGUCAAAUUUUAAAAUCCCCGACACUGGAAUCGAACAGUUUGUGUCGGAUGAUGGGUGAUUUAGCACUUGAAGACGAGGAGUCCUUCCAAGCCGCCGAGGCAGUAAAUGGUGAGGCAGAAGUAGAGAUAGUGGAGGAAGAGGAAAGACGUGUCGCGACACCGCAAAGCGCGUCAUUGCUCACGGGUUUGGAGAUGGAAGUGAAAUUAUCCCGGGAAAGCUUAACCUUAGAGGCGGAACAGAUGGAGGCAGGUCCUUCUGGUUUGUGUUCCGCUUCGUCAAGCAGCGUGACGUUCAUAGCAGCAGAUGACGAAGAUGAAGACGAUGAUGACGAGUAUGAUAAUGACGAUCGCCAUAGUGGCAUGGUUGCGACCCAGUUCGCGGUUGGCGGUGCUGGUCCGCGAGAGUACAUUGCCGUGGUCGAUGAGUCAAUGGCACCUUCGAAUCGGAUUCUCUACGACGACCAGUUCAAUGACGAGUUCAUGGUGAUCGAAAACAGUCCCAAGAGUCAGCUGAUACACUCGCUGGAUGAAGCGGAUAUCAUAGUGCUGCGCGAUCACGACGCCGAUUAUGCGGAUGCUCCGCCGUCGCGUCCUUCGAGCGGUGGCAGCUAUCGGGAGGGCAACAAGAAGCUGCUAAAAAUGAGUUCCGUCGAGCACUUCGAGCGGAAGAGCCUUUCGCCGCAGCGCAGCAAACAGAGCAUGUCACCAAUCUUCCGGGCGAAAAGCAUGGACGAAGGAAGCGGAGGCAAUCUGGCGAGCAGCUCAUCAAGUACGGCCACGGGCACAGGUGCCGGUACUUCGGCUAACCACAUCGUGUCGAUACUGAAACGUAAAACCGUCGAGUCGACCGUUAGCUCAGCAUCAAACAAUGCCUCGCCGGUGACCUUUUCACCGAGCGUCGUCGAUACGCCAAUUCGAUCGAACCGCAAGCAGGGCAUCCUGAAGAAGCGCUGCUCGCUGGACGAGAGUCGCUACAGUCGAAGCCACUCGCCGGAUGA